AUGAAAGAACAGAAGAACUCAAGUGUUACUGGAAGUUUCACAGUUGAGCCUCGAAAAAGAAGGAAGAUAAAAAGGUCUUCAUUUGUUUAUUUCACACCAAAGAAAUCCACAGGACAGUCUAAAACUAGAGGAAGACAGAAGAAGGCAAGAAAACAAGUUGAUGAUAAAACAGAGUUGCUCUACUGUGUAUGCAGAAAACCUGAUGACGGGAGAAAAUACUGGCAGUGUGAAAAUUGUUGCAACUGGUUUCACCCAGUCUGUGUUGGCAUGAAGGAAGAUGAGGAGCCGUGGACAUAUAUUUGUAAAACCUGUCAGGAUAAACAGAGCAAGAAAGAGACCAUAAAAAAAAAACAUGAUGGUGGAAAGAAGGACACUGUCAAAGACUCCACUGAUGAGGAAGUAGUUCCUGUUCAUGAAGUAACAAGAGAAGAACAUGAUGGUGGAAAGAAGGACACUGUCAAAGACUCAACAGAUGAGGAAGUAGUUCCUGUUUAUGAAGUAACAAGAGAAGAACAUGAUGGUGGAAAGGACACUGUCAAAGACUCAACAGAUGAGGAAGUAGUUCCUGUUCAAGAAGUAACAAGUGAAGCGCAAGAUAAAGAACCAGAAGACUUUGAACCUACACCUUGGUUCCAGCCAGUUAAGACAGGUCAAAAAGUUCCAGGUGGACUAUAUGUGAAGAUGGACUUAAAAACGGGAGAAACUCUUGCAAAACUGGUAGAAGGGACGAAGGAAUAUAAACGUUGGGAGGAGAAACAAAGAAAGGUCAAUGUAGAGAAAGCUGUAGAGUCAGAGGGAUCAGAGGAAUUUGAGGAAUUUGAGGGACCAGAUGAGAAGAAUUUCUUUGUCAAUAAGGAAACCGCAGAGAAGAAUAUUGGGGCUGCUUUUGCAAGAUUAGACAAAAUAAUCAGGUUGGCGGAAAGUUCUGAAAAGUGGAUGAAAAGACAUCAUAUUUUCCGCAGUAGUGAAGGUAGUGCAAAGGUGGUUUGGAAAGGAUAUGGAUAUGCCAUAUUUAGUGUACAGGCCAUUCAGUUUAUGGAAGCAGAAGUAAAAAGGCGUUAUUUUACAGAUGUUACAAGUAAAAUUUAUUCAAGACAUGGUAGAAUAGUAGGAAUGCUAGAUGAAAAGAUGAAUGAAUUGUUUGCGAACGAUAGAUUUUUAGCGGAAAUAUAUUUGAUGGAUGUCCUGGUGACAGAGAGUUUGGCUGCAGUACUGCAAGAAAGCACCGGCUUAUCAUACAGAAGAGUGGACAUGGAGUGCAAAGCAGUUGAGGGCAAGAGUAAUGUCACGGCAUUAAAAGCUGGUUUAGAAUUGAGUGCAAAGAAAAAGCAAGAGUUGGAAGAAGCAAUGGUUUCAUAGUUUAACAUCAAUUAAAUGUUUAUUGUAACAGUGUCUGCAGUGUCACAGUCAUGUAGGGAAAAGUUCCUAUUUAUCUGAAUGUGUGCUUGGUGUCUUUUUUAUGAAGCUCAAGAAACACUCGAUGGGCAAGCUUUGAAAGGGGUGUUAAAAAUGAAGGAGAGUUUAUAUAAAUUUACUGACAUUUAAGUAAAUCAUAGACUGGAUUUAUUUGAAGAGCUUGUAUCACCAAUUUUGUUUUAUGGAAGUGAAGUGUGGAGUUUUAUUCAAGGUAACGCUGUGAGAUAGAACAUUAUGCAUUCUUGUAAAGAAUUGUAUUAGACCUAAGGAAAACAAUGCAAGAUGACUUUCUAUAUGGUGAGCUGGGUAGGCAAUCUUUUCAAACUGUAUGAUUUUUCAAUGUUAUUAAGUACUGGAUUUCCAUUUUAAAGUCAACCGAUAAUAAGUACAUUAAAAAGGUUUAUCUUAUGUUGAAGGAAGUUGCAAAAAGCAAUCCUAACCAAAAAAUUUGGUGUUAAUUAGUGAAAGAUUUACCUUGUAAACUUGCUUUAUACAAGGCAAGGAUAUUCCAAGACAUUUGAAACACAAAUUUAUUCCUAAGAAUGGUUAAACAAAUAAUUAAAGAUCUUUGUACAAAAUUGGUCUGAAUUCUAGCAUAGCCACUAUUUAUAGAAGUAUUUCAAAGUUUCAGAGCCCACUUUAAUUAACCAUGAUUAGUAUCACAAGAUUUCGCAUUGGUGUUCAAAAGUUUAAGAGUAUCUUCUCAUAGUAUCUUCUCAUAGAUUAAAUGUUGAAAUGCGAAGAUCGACAAAACCAUUGAAAAUGCUGCAAAAUUUGAGAAGACGAGUUCCAUUUUGUUUUAAAAUGUACCAUGUAUUCUGACUUAAGAAAACCCUAUUUACCGAAGUAAUAUUGCAGAUGUACAAAUUAAUAUAUAUAUAUAUAACAAUGUAACAAUAACCUGUGGUAACAGCAUUUAAUAUAUAAUAUAUUUAUAUAUAACAGCAUUAAAAAUAUAGAUAUAUAAUCGGCGUCACUGAAAAGUUGCCACAUGUAUAUACCGAAUAUUUUUUAUACAUUAUUGACGUGAUCUUUUUAUGGCCUGUGCCCGGUCAAUCACUCGCAGACCCUGUGUAAUAAUGUCUGCUUACCAGUUUCAUGACUGUCAGGUGAGAACAGCCCGUAUGACAUCUAUUUUCACGAACCUAAGGUCUGGCGUCAAUCAUGCCAGUGGCCAGAUGACAUUGAGCGUCUCUUCAAUAUGAUAUUCUUAGCAAAGAUUUCUGGUUUUGAAUGUUUUUCUCUUAGUCUGUCCACUGACUUUCAAGUGAUAUAAAUGAUUUGCGAUAAAAGUUGCAUACAUGUCGACUUUGCUCCAAAAAGUCACUUUGCACAUGCAGGCCGUGAUUCAAAUGGAGUUCAUUACAUUUAUCAAAUCUUCACACUAGUGAUUACUCAGUUGGGUCAAAAACAUCAUUGCGAUGUGCUUCUAACACAGGGUCAAUGGAGUGUUAACUUUUCAGUGACACUGAGUAUUAUAUAUAUAUCGUACUGUUUCCCCAGGUCAUUGUCAGUAGCCAGUAUCAUUAUCGGAGAUGUUUUAACAUAUUGCUUUGUCAUGAAUAUUAUCUAACGAAAUAAUAUGAUAUAAUUACGGAGUAGUUUUUAGCUCACCUGUCACAUAGUGACAAGGUGAGCUUUUGUGAUCAUCCGUCGUCAGUCCGUGCGUCCGUCCGUCCGUCCGUCAACACUUUCUUGUCUGCACGAUAGUGGUUUCAUUUAUGAUUUUAUUUUAACCAAACUUGCACACAACUUGUAUCACCAUAAGAUCUCAGUUCCUUUUUGAACUGGCCAUAUCCCAUUAUGGGUUCCAGAGUUAUGGCCCCUGAAAGGGCCAAAAUCAGCUAUUUUGACAUUGUCUGCACAAUAGCAGCUUUAUUUAUGAUUUGAUUUCUACCAAACUGGCACACAACUUGUAUCACCAUAAGAUCUUGGUUCCUUUCUUGAACUGGCCAGAUUCCAUUAUGGGUUCCAGAGUUAUGGCCCCUGAAACGGCCAGAAUUAGCUAUUUUGACCUUGUCUGCACAAUAGCAGCUUCAUUUAUGAUUUGAUUUUAACCAGACUUCCACACAACUUGUAUCACUAUAAGAUCUUGGUUCUUUUGUUGAACUGGCUAGAUUCCAUUAUGGGUUCCAGAGUUAUGGCCCCUGAAAGGGCCAGAAUUAGCUCUUUAGACCAUGUCUGCACAAUAGCAGCUUCAUUUAUGAUUUGAAUUUAAUCAAACUUGCACAAAACUUGUGUUGCCAUAAGAUCUCAGUUCCUUUGUUGAACCGGCCAGAUCCCAUAAUGGGUUCCAGAGUUAUGGUCCCUGAAAAGGCCAGAAUUAGCUAUUUUGACCUUGUCUGCACAAUUGCAACUUCAUUUAUGAUUUGAUUUUAACCAAACUUGCACACAACUUGUAUCACCACAAGAUCUUUGUUCCUUUUUUUUGAACUGGCCAGAUUUCAUCAUGGAUUCCAGAGUUAUGGCCCCUGAAAUGUCCAAAAUUGGCUAUUUUGGCUUUUGCAGCCAUAUAGAGACUUCGUUUAUGUUUUUUUUUAUACAAACUUCCAAAUUAUCUUCAACAACAAUAAAUCUUGGAUUCCAUGACAAAUCAGAUCCAAUCGUAGGUUAUUUUAUAUCUUAUUACCUUCCCUGAUUGUAGUCAAAAUGGAUUUAUAUCAGUAAGUACUUAUAGGACUUAUUUGAAAUUUCAUUAUUGUCAUUAGUUGGACUGAGCCAAUCAGAGUAGAUAACUAUGGACUGAUUUUAUGUCAAAUUACCUCCCUUUAUUUCAAAUUAAAAUGGGUAUAGUAGUCGCAACUUGACCGCGAUGAUUGACCUUAGGCUGAAUAUUCAUAUCGAUUAUUUCAUUGUAGAAAUCAAGGGUGCUUAGGUUAGCCGUGUAUAUUUAUAUGGAAUUAGUUUGUACACAGUGCAGUAUCAAAGUAUACAUAAUUACAUUUGAUCAGUUAAAACUUUCCAAUACAAUACUUUUUUUUUUACACAUAAUUAUAUUUCCCUUUUCUCGUGCAGCUCCUGUUUUACGUACACUCCUUUCCAAUAAUAGGUUGUGCCUUAUUAUGUAUUAUAAUGCAAAGGUCAACCAUCGGGGUCAAGUUGCGUCCACUUUAUAUCUCCGUAACUAAUGAAGAUACUGAUCUGAAAUGUCAUUUAUGUCAACAGAUUUAUUUGGCAGAUCCUUCUUUUGUUCACUUACAACAGUUUUCUUUUUAAUUAAUUCCCUUUUACGUUACUAUAAAUAGCUUAUUUUUAGUAACUUUUUUAUUACUGGCCGUAGGGAAAAACUGAUACCACUUUUCUGUGGUACAACAUGGAUGGUACCUCCAAUUUUUAGGUGUAUUUUGACAUAUCUGUACCUUGUAAGAAUUCUUUUUUCUUUUUGGUUAAAUUUCUUUCCUUUGUUGUUCCUGUCAUUUGGACUUGGAUAUUUUUCCUGAGGACCUUCUUGUCCUCAAGUGCAAUGAUAACAGGUGAGCGAUAUAGGGCCAUCAUGGCCCUCUUGUUUAUAUUUGUAAAAUUUCAUGAUUACAUUGUGUUAUAUAUACUGCCAUAUAAUGUAUCACUUGUCUUAUUUGGUCUUAGACCUUCUGCUAUUUAUAUGUGUAAACUUGUAUCUACCUCUGUCAGGUAUUUCAGCUGAAUAAGGGUCUUUUUUUGAUUUUUGGUAUGGUUCAUAUUUCAUUCAAGACCAUGUUUCGUCAAAGAUAUUGAUCGGUCCUUUUUUUAACAAUUGCUUUGACAGUCUGUACUUUUUGGCAAUAAUACAUAACUUUUUCAAUAACAUAUGCUUAAUUAUGGCCUAUUUUAUACCCCAUUCACACAUACGGCGCGGAUAGCUACGUCAAGGCAGAUAUAAACGUAGUGAUCCGUAUUGAUCCGUACCUGAGCCAUAAGGAUUGUUACAUAUUACUACUUAGGUACGGCUCAAUUACGGAUCUAUUCGGAUUACUACGGUCAACGGCCAGACCUAUCUAUGCGUGACUAGGGUUAGACCUGGAAUUUGGUUAAGUGUUCUUUAGACAGUGUUUGUCGUACAUUUAUAACUAUGAUAGUAUUCAUAUAGACAAGAAUAACAAGGAUUUAUUUCGAUUUAUGGCACUUUUUUAAAUUUAAAAAAAGUGGGUAAUUUUAAUAAGUUACACAUUGACAUUUAUAGAAAGACUCAUUAAGUUUCACAUAUAUAGUUACAUUCUUUGUGUUAUCUGUUGUGACAUGUUUACGUCAAUUCUUAGAAUAAUAGAUAAUAGAUAGCUUUUCGUAAGAACCUAAUACUUAUUCAAAGUGAUGUUUGAUAAAAUUUGUGUUAUGUAGAAACAAAGGUUUAUCCUAUUUCAGAUUCCAUUUUUCAAUCAUUUCCAUAUUAUUAUAAAUGAAUGAAAGAUGUCUUUCGAUAUAUUAAGGGUUAUUUCACAUAGUGCCAACGUAUGAUUACAAUAUUUAUGUGAAAUAAUACAAACCAUUCUAACCACGGAAGUAGAAGUUUCAUGGUGAGAGUCCAUGUUUUUUUUUUUUUUUUUUUUUUUUUUUUUUAAAAACUUGAGCAGUAAAAAUUGUUUCAAAAUUUAGUUUUCAAAUAUGAAUGCCAUCUUUACCUCUGAAAAAAUACCUCGGAUGUAUGGGCGAAAUCGAGUGCAUUUACAUAAAAGUUAAACACGACCUUUUGCCCCCUAUGGUGGGCAUAUUAAAAUCUCAUUUUCUUUCCGUCAACGAGUCUGUGCAUCGUGUAAAUUCUUUUCGUCAAUAACUUUGCCUUUAGUAUAACUCGACAUAGAUGUUAACCAUAAUGGGACAACGUGUCAUGCACAUGACCUGUACCUGUAGCUCAAAUGUCAAACUUACAUGUUUAAGGAUUAACAGGGUCUGUUUCGUGUCCGGUCCGUAACUAUGUCAUUUAUCAAGGACUUUUGAAAUUACUGAUUGUAACUGUUUACCAAAAUGUGACAUGUCAUGCACAAAACUUAGACCUGAUGAAGGCAUUUUGAUAUUACUUUAGAAAAAUGUUCAUCAUAAUGAGUCAAUGUGUCUGUGCAUGUUUGAGACCCGUGACGCUAAGGUAAAGGUCACACUCAAAUGUAAAAGGUUAACAUGCUCCAUUUCAUUUUCGCUCAUAAAUCGGCUAUUGAUUAAGGCAUUUUAAAAUUAUUUUGCAUUAAAAGUUCCCUAUAUUAAGGUGACUUGUCCGAGGUGCCAGGCCUAGACCCCUAUCUUCAAGUUUAAGGUCAUUUUUUAUCAAGGGUUUUGAAAUGAAAUUGACAAAAAUGAUAACAGUAUUGGAGUGGGUGUACACUUAUGACCCAUGUCUCUAUUAAGUUAAUUAAUGGUCACAAAAUGAUGUGUUUCUAGCCCACCAGUUACAAAGUGACAGGGUUAUCUUUUGUGAUCACGCAACGUCCAGUGUCCGUGCGUGCGUAAACUUUUGCUUUUGACCACUCUAGAGGUCACAUUUUUCAUGGGAUCUUUUAUGAAAGUGGGUCUGAAUGUUCAUCUUGAUGAUUUCUUCGUCAAUUUUGAAACUGGGUCAACUGCGGUCAAAAACUAGGUCAAUAGGUCUAAAAUAUAUAGAAACAUUUUGACCUCUCAAGAAGCCAUUUUUGAUGGAUCUUCAUGAAAUUGGUCAGGAUGUUCACCUUGAUGACAUUUAGGUCAAAUUAGAAACUGGGUCACGUACGGUAAAAAACGAGGUCAGUAAGUCUAAAAAUAGAUACACUUUGUGACCUCUCUAGAAGCAAUACUUUCCAUGGUAUCUUUGUGAAAUUUGGUGAGAAAGUUCAUCCUUAUCAUAUCUAGGUCAGUUUCAUAACUGGGCCACAUGCCAUUCAAAAGGAGGUCAUUACGGCAAAUAAUAGAAAAACUUUGUGACCUCUCUAGAGUCCAUAUUUUUCAAUGGAUCUUCCGGAAAAAUGGUCAGAAUUUGUAUUUUUAUGAUAUUUAGGUCAAGUUCAAAACUGUGUCACAUGAGCUCAAAAACUAGGUCAAUAUGUCAAAUAUUAGAAAAAAUGACGUCAUACUCAGUUCAAAACUGGGCCAUGUGGGUACAGGUAGGAUAGAUUCAGGACCAUCAUGGUCCUCUUUGUUUUUGUUUCUUUUUUAGUGCAGAAAACUGCAGCAUUCUUGGGCAUGUUUUGGGGGUAAUUGUCGCAAAUCUUGUUUUUUUUUCACUUUUGAUGAGGAAAAAUUUCCACAGCAAGAUCAAUUUCAAAAUAGUGUCUUCUAAUUUUUAUGAGAUAUCAUUCAUGAGAAAUAUAUCUCGAUCACACAUGAAACACAUAUUUAGUCCACAACUGCUUUAAAACCAAUUUCGGGGACAAAAGGAAUGUGCUUUUCUGUCAGUCAGUCAGUCCUUCCUUGAGCAAAUUGUGCCCUGUCCAUAACUUGAGAUUUAAAUAUUACUUUGCACAGUUGUUCCCCAUGGUUGUCAUGGCAACUGAAAGGAAAAACUUUAAAACUCUUCUUGUCCAAAACCACAGGGCCUAGGGCUUUGAUAUCUGUGUAGCAUCAUCUAAUGGUCAUCUACCAAAAUUGUUUAAAUUAUCCCCCUCGGGUCAAAUAUGGCCCCGCCCCCGGGGUCUCAUAGUUUAUAUAAAAAAGACAUAUUGGGAAAACUUUGAAAAUCUUCUUGUACUAAACCACACGACCUAGGACUUCGAUAUGCAAUAUCAUCUGGUGGUCCUCUACAUAGAUUGUUUAAAUUAUCCCCAUAGGGUCAAAUAUGGCUCCGCCACGGGGGUCUCAAGUUUUACAUAGAUUUAUAUUUGAAAAAUCCUUUUGUAUGAAACCACAAGACUGAGCCUUUGAUAUUUGGUUUGUAGCAUUGUCUUAUGUUUCUCAACCAAAAUUGUUCAAAGUGUACACUUGGGGUGGAAGGAGGCCCUGCCCUGGGGUCCCAAAUAUAGACUUAUAUAGCAAAAAAAAACUUUAAAUAUCUUCUUGACUAAAACCACACGAUCUAGGCUUCUGAUAUUUGGUAUGAUGCAUUGCCUAGUAGUCCCCUACCAAAAUUGUUCAAAUAUGGCCCAUGAGGCCCGACACUGGGGUCAUUUAGUUAUUAUAUGAGAUAUAAAGGAGAAAAUACUUUAAUAAUUAUCUGAUCCUAUUUCCAUGACUUUAAUUAAAAUUACAUGUAGCUCAUAUUACUCAGGUGAACAAUCCAGGGUCCUCAUGACCCUCUUGUUUCACGAAAUACAUCAAUUUAAUAUUGAUUUCGUUCCAUUUUUCAUACUUUUCAAACAAAAUUUUAAAACAAAUGAUAUCAAAAUUGAAAUUGAAUUUGUUCAUUAUAUAUAUAGAGAUGUUAUGAAGCAAUUAAUAGCUGUAUGCUUUUAAUUGUACAAAUUUGUAUGUAAUGGAACACUUAAAAACUGUUAGUGUUAUGCAAAUUUUAAUCAUACUGAUUUGUUUUGACUUCUUAUAUAUAGUUCGUUAUGUUAUACUGCAGUAGAGGAAAUAAUUAUGGUGCCUUCCAAUAGUAGACUUUCAUUAUAUGACAAUAUUUCAUUCAUUUGUUCAAACUUUAAUAAAACCAGUUUUUGUAUAGUGCAUAUUUUCUGACAUGGUGGAGAUAUUUUAGUACAGGCUGUACCAUUAAAAUCAAUAGGUAACCUGGUGCAUAUUGGAUUUAUCCGACGAAAUCUAACGAUGUAGCCGAUUACCCUAAACUCAAUGAUAGAAUGGUACAUUUAUGACCUUUCUAUAAAUAUCUUCCCCAGGUCAGAAAAUAUGCAACAAACGAUGCUUACAAUACCAUAUCUUGCAUGUAAUUUCAAAUGAUAAUAAAGAAUGAAAGAGUG